CUUUCUGCUUCCCCCCCCCCCCUCCCCCUGGCUCUCCUCCUUUUCUUUCCUUUCUGUGCUUGUUUCAGGUGGACUCCAGAGUUCAGAGGCCACGAUGGCGUCUGUUGAGUGCCAGAGCAGUAACCUAAAGGGGGUCCUCAAGAUGAUUGCUAAUGCUUCGAAGUUGGAUCCUGACUCCACGGAAGAAUUCAUAGACGCAUUCUGCGCCGUACAGAAUCGCUCAGAUGAUGCCGUUGCAGGGACAGAUGCCAUGUUCUUGCUGUUUUCCGCCUACCUGGUUUUCUUGAUGCAGGCAGGAUUCGCCGCCCUAUGUGGUGGCAGUGUUCAGCGCGCGAGCGCUCUGAACAUCAUGCUUUACAACGUCAUGGACGCUGCUGUCGGCGCCAUCGCCUAUUAUCUUUUUGGGUACGCAUUUGCUUAUGGAGGCCCACCCCAUAAUGGCUUUAUUGGCACCCGCAAUUUUGCCAUGCAUAAUUUCCACCACCCUACAUUUGAAAACGGCAAUCCCGUGAACCCAACGAGCCGUUGGUUGCACCAAUGGGCAUUUGCUGGGGUCGCAGCGGGGAUCGCCAGCGGUUCCAUCGCCGAGAGAACGCAGGUUACGGGAUAUCUGGUUUACGUCAGUUUCCUGUCUGCAUUCGUCUACCCAAUUAUUUCACACUGGGUGUGGGCGCCAAGCGGCUGGAUCAGUCCAUUCAAGAAGAACCCGUUUCUGGGCGUAGGUAUGGUGGAUUUUGCAGGCAGCGGUGUCGUUCACAUGACAGGUGGGAUCGCUGGGUUUUGGGGUGCAAGGAUAGAGGGUGCACGCCUCGCCGUGCAACGCAAGUGGGCGCUCAGAAGGCUGGGUCAAAGAGCGCCGCCAGUGGCACAGGAGUCAAGAAACGACACUUUGAUUGUGCUGGGAACUUGCUUGCUGUGGUUUACCUGGUACGGAUUCAAUCCUGGCUCGCUGACCUCCAUUGUUCCCGUCGCCGGCGUUGCAAAGGACGUUGUCGUCGCGAGAACCUCCGUGACAACCACUCUAAGUGCUGGCACUGCCGCCUUGACCACACUGCUUGCUAAGAGGGGGCUCCUUGCCCUGAGGGGGAAGAUGGGGUGGAGCGUGUCUGACACGUGCAACGGUCUUCUUGGCGGACUUGCAGCUGUAACUGCAGGGUGCUCAGUAAUCGAGCCGUGGGCAGCUAUCCUCCUUGGCUUCCUCGCUGCAUGGGUUUUGAUUGGCAUGAAUCUGCUGAUGGAUUGGAUCGAAUACGACGAUCCAUUGGAGGCAUUCCAACUGCAUGCAGGCUGCGGUUUGCUGGGAGUCCUGUUUGUUGGAUUGCUUGCCAAGAAGGAGUAUCUCAUGCAAGUGUACUCUCAUUGGGAGGGAGAGUACUCUGGAUUGUUCUACGGAGGAGGUGGAAGGCUGCUUGCGGCUCAGCUAAUCGGUGCCAUCUGCAUUACAGCUUGGACGUCGGUCACGAUGGGGGUUGUCUUUAAGGUCCUCCACCUUUCCGUAUUGCUGCGUAUCUCCGAGGAGGAUGAGCAGGCAGGGUACGACUAUGCGAUGCGCGGCGAGCCGGCUAUAGCAUGCCCAGCUGAGCCGGCUAUAGGAUGCGCUGCCGGGCCGGCUCUAGGAUGCGCUGCCGCGCCGGCUCUAGGAUGCGGAGCCAGGCCGGCUAUAAGAUGUGUUUGCGGGCCUGCCGUGCACGGCGAGGCCAAUAUAGCACCCCCUCCUUUGCAAAAUAGGCUGACAGCUCUCCCUUGAAUCGCCCAAGCGCACCCAUGUAAAACCACUUAAGAUAG